GUACCCUCCCCUUUACACACAGUAGAUCUACAGACCUAACAUUCCGAUGGAAGGGCAUGCGCACAAAAAUAAACACUAAACCAGUGCAUGAUCAACAUGGCGUUAACACAUUUUAUCAGCUGACAGUAGACUCUAUUGAAGUACAAAUCUAGUAGCCUAAAGCAAGGGAAGUAAGUCUUGCAUAUUUAUUUCAUACCCCAAAAAACAUGUCUGAAAGCCAUCCCACGUCCCCAAAUGUACAGCAUCAAGGAAUGCAUAGUAAUAAAACAAGUGAUACUGACCUAAGUACCAGUCAGCCUGGCAGAAUUAAUAUUGGACGGAGCAAUUCUGCACCUAAGUCACAUGGAAAGUUUACCAGUAAAAUUUCCAAUGAUGCAGUCACAGGCCGCAGUGCUCAAAAAGUAUGCCCUAAUGGAGUGCAGGCUGUCCCUGUUUCUAAAAAUAAUUCUCAAGGAGUCAGUGUUGUCAUGCGUCAUGAGCCCAGGCCAAAUGACGUCUGGCAGAGGAGAGCUAACUAUAUGUCCAGUGGUCACUCAGAAGAUAUUGACAUUACUGAUUCAACAAACAGCCAGACCACUGCAAGCUCCAGUCCAAGUAGCUCAGGAUCUUUGGCUCAGUUCCACAAAAGUGGGACAGAUUUAGUCAAUGGUGAAUCUCAUUCUUUUCCUGGACAGCAAAACAAUAUAAGUCCUACAGAGACCAGUAAUCCUGACAUACACAAACACUAUCAGCGCUAUCCAUUCCGACAGGCUCAGUCUGAAGUUAUUUUGCCGAGUGCAACAGAAAGAAGAUUGUCACUUGCACACGUGAAAGAGAUAGGUUACGCCAGGCUUGAGGAAGAGCUGAUGAAAGCCCAGAAGGCAUUAGAACAGAAGGAUGAGGAAGUGGAUGAAUUGAAAGGGAUCAGAGAGAGAUUAAUGAAGGAAGUUAGUGAUUUCACAGCAUCGUUGUUUGAGGAAGUCAAUUCACAGUUAAAUGCUGCAGCUUUGAGUGAGCAACAAGCCAAAAAACAAUUACAAGAAGCUAAUGCCAAGAUUGAAGUUUUAUCUGCUGAAGUGGCUGCUCUGAAAGAUUUAGUUUUAACGUCCACGCCCAGCAGCCCUAACAGGCACCUUCAUCCACAAAUAGACUCCCCAAAAAAAGAGAAAGGAGGAAAACCAUUUUGGAAGACACACAGGCGCUCCACAAGUCAUCACCAGUUUACAAAAGAGUCUAGGGAACUGGCUGAAGCCAGCCAACAUCAUGCACACCUGAAGGAGAUUGAUACCAAUGUGUUUGAUGAAUUUUCAAGAUGGCGGCUUCAACCUACAAUGGAAUUAACUGGCCACUUUUUCACCCGGGUGCAUGCAGAAGAUAUUCAACCUUGUCUGAACUUCAAGAAUGUUAAACUUGCUAGCAGACUUCUAGACAGUGUGAAAAACAAUUCCUUGUCUAUUGAACCCAUUCCUGGAGAUCAUUCUUAUCCUCGUAAAUGCUGCCUGUCUGAAACAUCCAAGCUUUGUAACUACAAGAUUAAGUUUGAAGGAGAUGAGGAAUGGUACGCUAUUUCCCAGAUGGCACGUAAUAGGAUAGCUGCUGUGUGUGAUUUUUUUUCAUAUGUUCGCUACAUAGUCCAAGGUCUUGUCAAAUGCUCAGAUAAAGAUAUGUAUGCUGAACUUGUCAAGCUUCGAGGGCAAAUGGCUCAAGCCAGACUUGGUCUCAUUUGAAAGCGAAGCAGUAUGGAGUCAUUAACAUCAAAUGUUGCAAUCUUAACUAGUUGAUAUUAUUGUACAGCCCAAUUGGUCUCAGCUCCGGCUUUAUGCUGUUGUUCUGGAAUAUCCUAUGCAGAAUAUUUAUUGAAUGGUGAAAAUAAUGUUUUACUUUUCUGUCUAGUUACAUUUCUUGUUCAAAGCUUCUUUCUCACUAAAAUGAUACACAAUGCGGUCUAUUUAAACCAGUUCACCUGUAUACAUUUUCAUAUGUUGCCUACUCAGAAUAAACUAAUUAGAUAUUAAUCUCUCUUUAGGUUUUAAGUCAUUCAACCAGCUAAACAUAUUGUCCAAUGUUGAUGUUAGUUUUAUUUUUGUUUGUUAGUUUUAUGGUUUUUUGUUAUAUUUUUUUUUUUCCGCACAAUCACAUUAGAAUUGUUUUGUUGUCAUGUUAGUCAGUCUAAACGAGUUUGGUUUAAUAUUUAAAUACAAUGAGGUAAUAAUUAUUUCUUUUUCUAUUUUGAGAAUGUACAGUUUGGAAAUGUUGAUUAUAAUGUGUAGUUUACAAGUUGAGAACUGAAUGUUUUGUUUUUCUGUAGGUCAUAUUUUUCUUUUUUUUUUUUUUUUGUUUUGUUUUGUUUUUCACAGUUGUACAUAAAAUAUUUGUUUAUUUUGACAUAUUGGAGGAAGGGGAACUUUUUGACUGUUUUUUUUCUGUUUUCAUGGCAGUAAAUUUAAACAUAAUUUUAGUUUAAUUAAUGUGCAAUACAGUAUUAAAUGUAGGUUAUAGCAAUCAGUAUGUGUUCUUGUGAACUAGCUAUUAGGUUAUUUCAGGAUGUGUUUUUGAAAAGUAGUAACUUGCUAAGUGGCAGACAGGAAUGAGUUGUAUUUUCUUUUUCAUAAUUACUAUGCACAUAGAAAAAAAACAAAAGACCAAAAGUAUUAAAUUCAUUGGUUAGUUUGUACAAAAUGUAUAUAACUAUGUCUACUUAAACAAAUUGAGUCAAAAUGAAUAUUAUGGUUCAAUGACAAAUAUUUUACUAAAUUUUUUUUAUAACUUUUAAAAUUACACAUAUUCUUAUUGAUGGCAUAUAAUGACAUGUAUACAUAUAUGUAUAAAAAAAUGGUCUGGGUUGUAUAGUCAUUUUCAGUUUACUAUUAUUUAAAAUGUAUUUUAACAACACUAUAUUAGCACAAGGCUGUUAAUGUAAAUCUGGCCAGUUUUUAUUUAAAUUUUUUGGUUUUCGUUUCUUUUGUUUUCUUCUUUGGUUUCUCUAAUCAUUGUACUCAAGAUUGUAUCUCAAAAAAAAAAGUCAAGCAGCAUUAUUCAUUCGAAUGUGUUUUUCAUGUCUGGCAAUAGUUUUUUUUUUCUUCCUUUAUGUAAUUAUAAAUGUUUAUUAUUUAAAAAUCAAAAAUAUUUUGCAACAAAACAAAAAUGUGUUUAAAAAAUACUUUUGUUAUUAGCCCUGGAUUACUGAGAAUGUAAAUAGAAAAAAAAAACGGGGGGGGGGGGUAUGUUUGGGUUACAUUUCACUUUUGAUCCUGGUGACAGGAAGUAGUAAUCUGUUUCAGUCUGCUUUGUCGCUAUUGAAGUAUUCCAAGUUAAGUUUAUAUUUUCUAGACUAGUGGCUUUUCUUAUGGAAUUAAUAGCCCUCAAUAGUUAGUAGUGUUUUAACUGCUUUUGUAAGGUAAAGCCACUCAUUUCUUUGUGCUGCCAUCUGCCAUGGUUAGAUUCCUUUUGCCUUUUUUUGUGCUCUAAGUAGGUGUUAAAGCAACAAUUUAUUCCUUUGAUAGCAUACCCUCUUAAUUUUAAAAUUAGAUAUGCACAUGAUAUGCACUACAUAUAAACCAUUUUUAAAACAUGAAAAAGGGUGUUAGUAUUACCCAGUCUUUAACUUAUGUACAUCACAAUCGGUACUAUAUAUGAUAAAUUCACCUUCUAGACCAUGCAGUCUAUUGGGUAAAUGAUGUAAAGGUCAUCUGUUUCUGUGGCUCACAGUUAACAAGGGUGUUGUGUGGCCAGCACAACGACCAACUGCCCCCACCAAUUUCACAAUAAUAUUUAUGUAUUUAGAAUGUGUCCAUUGGUACCAUGGGUACUAAAAGUGUGUCCUUUUGUUUUUAAAAUUAUGUCGAUUCUAUGCACUUAUGUAUAAACAAUUUUUUAACAAGAAGAAAAACAGCUUUUCAUUAGCUGUAUGGGAUUCAAGCUAUAUGCAACUCCAAAACAGAUUACAAAAGUAGUAGACAAAGAUCUCCAUGUUUCUCCUACAAGGUCUGUUAGUAACAAUGUUUCAUGUUGGAUAAAUUGAGGUUAAUGUCAUGGAUGUAGUUUAGAUGUUUGCAAGAUUAUGUGUGAGCACGCCUGGUCUACAUGGGUUUGCUCUAUUUGUUUGUAACAAACUCUUCAUCUUUUUUUUUAUUAUUAGUCUUUGCCUUGAAGAAAUCAAUCACUCUGGUAUUAUCCACUAGUACUAAUGUUAGACUCUAUACUGCUUGUUAACCAAGAGCUUGAAGAAUGCUGGCUCCCCAAUGCAAUGUUCAGUUCCUAAUGAAUAACAACUGUUUUUAUGUAUCAAUUUUUAAUCUAGAUUGUUAGAGUCAACUUUUUGUAAACAAGUAUACCAGUAAUUAAAAGGUGAUAGUUCCUAAUGAAUAUCAACUGUUUUUAUGUAUCAAUUUUUAAUCUAGAUUGUUAGAGUCAACUUUUUGUAAACAAGUAUACCAGUAAUUAAAAGGUGAUAGUGAUUUAAAUGAUGGAAGGUGAGCUUGCUUUCCUAGUAUAAAGUGGUCAACUUCUAAGCUGAAACUCUCCAUUUCAGUUCUUAAUGGGUAGGAUUUCCCCCCAUUCAACUCCAAUUAUUCUACCCUGAAAUUUUGUUGUUGACUUAAUCAUCAGAUGUUUAAUAACCAUUCGCUGCUACGCAGGUGAACUUUACAUCAUCUGUUCAAUGGAUUUCAAUGAGAAUAUCUGUUUUAAAUUAAGCUCAAAGGCAUUGUGCAUAUUUGUAAUAAUAUAUUUUUAAGAAUAUUCUGUGGUUUACUUAGAUAUCUUUAUUAGCAUGUCAUAAUUGAUAGGUCUGUAUGGAUGAUAGUAUGGAAUAAGUGUUUUUCUGAAUUAUUUUAUAUAAAAUUUCUUUUUUCAAAUUAAUAAUAUUUUUUUUAGACUUUUUAUCUGGUCACAAGUUCUUAUUACUAAUAUAUGUACCGAUAUACCAUUUGCAAAACAUCACUAUAACAAAUAGGUUAAGCUUAUGAUUGUUUAUUUAUUGUAAUACUUAAUGUAUUGGACCAAACUUUUGCACAAGGUGAUUGUUGUUUGUUACCUAUAUUUAACAAGAAAACUUUGAAUAUUUCAUUGAAAUAUUUCUCAAUUAUUUAUUGUCAUAACCUUGUAAUUUUUCUUCUUUACAUUUUUUUGUAAGUAAAAUAUUCAACUGAAUCGAAAGCUUUUUUGUGAUGGUCAGACAUGAUACUUAAUAAUUGGUAUCAUAUAUAUUCUCUGCAUCUAUUACAGUUACAGAAAUCAAAUUUAAAAUUGUGCUAUCAUUUUCAAAAUUAUGACAAUUUACAUAGCUCUAGAGAAAAUGGGAAAUUGACAAAUGUUUAUUGCUUUUGAAAUGUCUAAAGAAAAAAAAAUUAAUAAUUAAAAGGAAAUGUAAUUAUUAAAAUUAGGUAGGUACAAAUACAAAUAAUUGACAAGUCAAUCAAAAUCCACAUUUGGGCUUUUUUAAAAAUUCCAUUUGCUUAUAGUUUAAAUUGAACUUUGUUGACUUAAUUCCAUUCCAUGCAUCAUCAUCACAUUUUGUUUUUAGAUCUUUAUUUUAAACAAGUCCCUAUCAACAAAUAACAGUGAGCUUAUAAUCAAAUACUGUGUCUUGGUUGUAACACUAUUUUGUUUUUUAUUUAUUAUUUUCUUCACUUUUCAAAAGAUCUUUAAAAAAAAAAGCUAUAUGUAGUCUCUCCUUAUUGAGAGUUGUCUUUCAAUUUAAAAAAAUAAUUUCCAAACACUAACUAAAGCAGCUGUAACUUUGUGCUGUAGUUGUUUAGCAGUAACUGAAUUGUUACCAAAAAAAAAAAAUGCCAGCUGUUUUUAGCAAUGUAAAUCUAGAUUUUUUUGUUGUUGGUUUCUGUACUUUGUUACAACAGGAGGAUUAAGUUUUCUUACUUGAGACAGAAUACGGCAUAGCCAUAAUUAUUUUCGUAGAUAACUGGGUGUGUCUAAGACUGACCAGCAUAAUAUAUAAAGAAUGUAAUAAUCUUCUUUUUUUGAAGGAACCUGUGUAAUUUAUAACAUCAUCAGUAAACUUCUGUGGAGCUGGGUUAAUUCAUUCAGCCAACAUUUAUAGGUUCAGAUAUUUGUUAUUAUUAAUUUUAGAAUACUUUAUCUUUAUACUCAUUUUUCUUUAUAAUUUAGAUUUUAGUUGGGGAGAGAAAACUAUAUCAGUAUAACUGCUUUGUGUUAUGGGAGGGGGGGGGGUGAACAACUUUGUGUUUGUGUCCAUAAGUAUUUGUAUAUAGAGAGAGAUUCAGUCUGGGGAUAUUCUUAAUGAAUGGAUACUUAGACUAAUUGUGUCUGUGUACAUUUGUUUCUCUACUUUAGUUACUAUGCAAUACAUAAAGAUGUGCUAACAACCUUCUAUCUGGACUACUAGAUGAGAUAUGUACCUAAACAAUGUCUAUAACGUUAUGUCCAAUUAGUUUCAAAUAAAGUCUACAAUAAUUUUGUUA